AUGGCAAACACCAACGUCACUUCAAGCUUUGCCGAACCUCCAUCACUUGAACCUACGCCUGGAGCAUUUAUGAUUAUGAGUGCUUACAGAAUGGCAUUUCCUGGGUUGCGCUCCGUCGCAACAAGGCGCGCGGCCAUCUCCGUGCGAAGGAGCUUCUCUACCUCGCCAUCCGUGAGAGCAGCUGCAGGCUCCACGUUGCCCGCUAAAAAACCUGUUGGGGCUUUCCGCGGAGGAAUAUUUGGCUUCCUUACUGGCACUGUUGUUGCCGGCGCUUCCGUUUACUACUACAUCCUUGGGGAGUACAGAGUGACCAACGAGAUGUUGACGGAGGACAUAUACGCGCUUCAAUCAGCAACACAGAAGCUUCAGACAUACAUCGGUGAACUGGAGACGAGAGUGGAUCAACUUAGGAAGAAAUAGUGCUCACAGAACCACGCCACAACCAGUUCCCAAGCUAUUUUUUAUCAGGAGUUUGUUUCCCCAUGGGUUUUUGAACACAUUCA